AGGCGAUAUCUCGCCCUCCAAAUGCAAUUUUACCGACAGGUAUAAAUUGUCCAACCGGUUGGCUCUCAAAUCAGUUUACACUAAACAAACUAUCAGCUCGCAAGUGCUACAUACAACCUACCAUAACCCAACAUGGCUUACCUCGAAGUCUGCCUGGCCCUACUGGGCCUCGCUCUGCUCGUCUACAAGUGGUCCACUGCUACCUUCCGAAACUUUGAAACGCGCAACCUGCCCUACGAAAAGCCCUGGCCGUUCUUUGGAAACGUGGCCGCCUCUGCCCUCCAGCGAAUCUCAUUGCAGAAGCAGCUCACCGAGUUCUAUCUUCGCACGCGCCACCACAAAGUCGUGGGCUUCUUCAACCUCCGCAAGGCCUACGUGCAGCUCAACGAUCCGGAGCUGAUCAAGAAGGUCUGCGUGAAGGACUUUGACCACUUCCCCAACCACCACUUCAUCCUCACCACCAACGAGCGCCUGCUGAACGACAUGAUCAAUGUGAUGAAGGAUCAGCGCUGGAAGCGCAUGCGAAACACCAUGACCCCAGUCUUCACGGCGGCCAAGAUGCGCAAUAUGUUUACCCUGAUGAACGAGAGUUUCGCCGAGUGCCUGCAGCACCUGCACAAGUCCAGUGACUUGGAGGUGGAUGUGAAGCUCCUUUUUAACAAACUUUCCAGCGACGUGAUCGCCACAACGGCGUUCGGCCUGAAGGUGAACUCGUUUGAGAACCCGGAAAAUGAGUUCUACUCCGUUGGCCAAGAACUAAUCUUCUCCCGGGGCAUCCAGUUCUUCAAGUUUACGCUGUCUGCCCUCAUGCCAAAGGUUUUUACGCUCUUUAACAUGAAGAUCUUUGACGGUAAGAAGGUGGACUAUUUUGUUAGUCUAGUGGUGGAUGCCAUGAAGCUGCGCGAGCAGCAAAACAUCACCCGUCCGGACAUGAUUCAGUUGAUGAUGGAGGCCAAGAAGGAGUCUGAGAAUAACUGGACAGACGACGAGAUCGUGGCCCAGUGCUUCAUUUUCUUCUUCGCCGCCUUCGACAACAACUCCAACCUGAUCUGCAUUGCGGCCUAUGAAUUGCUGCAGAAUCCCGACAUUCAACAGCGGCUGUACGAGGAGAUCUUGGAGACCAGGGAAGCCCUGAAGGGUGGAUCCCUGACCUACGACGCUGUGCAGAAGAUGCCCUACAUGGACAUGGUCAUUUCCGAAACGCUGCGCAAGUGGACGCUGGCACCCUCCACGGAUCGUGUCUGCUCCAAGGACUACACUCUCACCGAUACGGACGGCACAAAGCUCUUUGACUUCGAGGUGGGUGACCGCGUUACUAUUCCUAUAGCCGGUCUUCAUGGGGAUGACCGCUACUUUCCCGAACCCAGGAAAUUUGAUCCUGAGCGUUUUAGCGAGGAGCAAAAAAACGACCUUGUGCCAUAUACUUAUAUACCCUUUGGCGCGGGUCCCCGCAGCUGCAUAGCCAAUCGAUUUGCUCACAUGCAGGCCAAGGGAAUGCUAUAUCACCUGCUGCUCAACUUUAAGGUAGAGGCUUCCCCGAGGACCCUCAAGGACAUGUGGGAGGAGGCAAGGAGCUUCUCCCUGACUCCCAGAAGCGGACUCUACAUGCGAUUGGUCCCACGCGAGUGAGCCGAUCUCAUAAACGAAAAGACUGAAAUUGUGAUAACAGACACCUUAUGGAUCUUAUGAUUAUGCCACGCGAAUAUGACUAGACGUAUAUCAGUAUUAUGUUGUUAUAAUUGUACGGAUUGCCUGCUAUCGCCAAAGAAUUAAAUCAAUAGUAA